GGCAUGUUUUAUUGGAAAAAUAAUUUUAUAAUUUAAUAUACAAAUAGUGAACAUAAAAUGGAGGAACAGGGAAACGUUAAGGAACUUGAGGUCAAAGGAAUAAUUGGUUUUGACGGGAGCACUAUAAAGGGAUUGAUUGUCCAUUCUGAUGGUAAACAUGUAAUUUAUCCUAUAGGAAAUAAAGUUAUAGUGCAAGAUUGGACGACAAGAAAGCAAAGUUUUCUUACUGGACACACAAAUGCCAUUUCUGCUGUGGCAGUAUCCCGUUCAGGAAAAUAUAUUGCCAGUGGCCAAAUAAACCACAUUGGAUUUAAGGCCCAGUUAAUAAUAUGGAGUUACAAUGAGUUAAAAAUAAUGGAUACUCAUGAGUUGCACAAAGUGAGAGUUGAAGCUGUGUCAUUUUCAAGUGAUGAAAAAUACUGUAUUUCUAUUGGUGGGCGAGAUUGUGAGCAGGUUGUUGUAUGGGAUAUUGAAAAUAGGAAGGUUAUAUGCUCUGAACAUGUUACCAAGGGGGUUCAAGGGGAGCCUUUUGCACUGGCAACUUUGGAGAGAAGAUCGUCUUGUUUUAUAGUUGGGGGGGAGGAGUUAUUAGCAGUGUGGAGGUUUGAUAAGGAAGUUAAAAGAUUGGUGUGCUAUGAAGUGUCUAUGCCGAAAAUGCGACGGACUUUUUUGUGUAUUGAUGUUGAUCAGAGAGAUGAGCUAUGUUUCUGCGGCACAUCCACGGGAGACAUAGUUAAGGUUAGAUUAAAUUUCCAUCACGAUCCUGAAAAUGUUGCCCCUCUUAGGGAUCCCAAAGUUAUUGGCUGUUUUGCCAGGAUUUCAAAGAAAAAGUUGCCACAGGGAAGUGUGGACCUAUAUGAGAAUGGUGUUCGUGUAAUAAAAAGAUUACCGUCCGGUCAACUUCUAAUAGGAGCAGGAGAUGGAACAUUGGAGCUUGUGGAAGAAAGUGCUCCCAAAAUACCAAAAGUCAAAGGUGUUAAAAUGCCAUCUUUACCAGCUCUUAAAGUGUUAAAGUCAACAAAAGUAAAUAACACAAUAACGUCCAUAGCAAUUAUGCAAAAAACAACUUUGCUGGUGGCCACAACAGCCUGUGAAAUUUUUCAAAUCGACAUGAACAAUUUUGAUCCUAGGCUGGUUGUGACUUGUCACACCUCUCCCAUAUACUGUGUUGCAUUUCCUCAUGAAUUUUCUGAUGUGUUUGCGACCGCAAGCAAAGACGACGUGCGGGUCUGGGCGAUUUCCAACAUGCAAGAACUGCUAAGGAUCGUGGUGCAAAAUUUUAGCUGCUCGGAAGUGGUGUUUUCCUACGACGGUAAAUGCAUUUUAACGGCGUGGAACGAUGGAAUAAUUAGAUCCUUCACGCCUUUAACUGGACGACUGAUGUACUCGAUUUUUAACGCCCACAACAAAGGGGUUUCUGCUAUUGCUAUUGCAUCGCAUGGAAAGUUGCUUGUUAGCGGUGGAUGUGAGGGACAGGUGCGCUUGUGGGAAAUAACGCCGCACCAUCAAACGCUAAUAUGCACACUUAAAGAACACAAAAGUCCAGUUUCGGCGAUAAACAUAAACAAAACCGACGACGAGGCGGUGAGUGCUAGUACGGAUGGAACGUGCAUCCUAUGGGACCUAGAAAACAAAGUCCGUCGCCAAAUAAUGUUCUCAAACACGCUGUUUAUGACUGUUAAGUACUACCCGACCUCGGUGCAAAUCCUCACCGGAGGUUCCGACAGGAAGAUAAGUUACUGGGAGAUUUUGGACGGCAGCCUCGUAAGGGAAAUCGAAGGUUCUCAAUCGGGCGCGAUCAACACCAUCGACAUCUCCCCGUGCGGGGAGUUCUUUGUUAGCGGGGGGAACGAUCAAAUCGUGAAGCUGUGGAACUACCAGCAAGGCGUGACGACCAGGAUCGGGCUGGGCCAUUCGGCGGUGAUAACGUCGGCCCAGUUCAGCCCGAACGCCCAGUACAUCGUGACCACCAGCGCCGCCGGCAGCAUAUACGUGUGGUACGCGCCGCAGCAAGUCGAGGAAAUCAUGGAGCCCGCCAAGAGCGCCGCCUCCUUGCCGGAGGAGGAAAACAUCAAGGAUCUGGCGUCGGCCAGAAGCAGCGGCUCCGGCGUGCAAUCGAAAUCGGAAAGGACGGAUUCGUGUUGCUACUCCUCGUCCGCAUCGUCGUCCUGUUCGAAGGUUUCCAUCUGUCAGGACUCCCUGUGUUCGUCAUGCAACAGGAAAAAGUGCGUAAGCUGCAAAAGUUCCUGCAAAGACUCCAAAUGCUCCACCUUUAAGCCGAAAAGUAUUGGCAGCAGUCAGUUGUCCUGUCAGGAUUCCAAGUGCAGUUCAAGAAAGAGUGGACCUACAAAACCGGAGUCUGUUAAAUCUCAUAUAACAAACUGCGGGAAAUGCUGACUUUAUUUGUUUCCUGUAUUUUUUAUACAAUUUUUUAUACAUGAUUUUUUCUGCUGAUGCAAGCGUUUUUUUGAGAUUUAUUAAUAAUUAUUCAAAAACCUAUUAUAUAAAAUGA